UGAAGCGCCAGGCUUGAGGGCUGCAGUCCCGCCGGGGCUCAGAGAGUCUCACUGCAGGCGCUACACGAGCUCCAGAGUCCCGCGGAGCCCGCCGGAGACCACCCGACCCACCGGGGGGAUGGAGGACAGCCUGGUGUCGGAGGAUGAUAUCUUGCUUCGCUCGGAGAAGGAGUUACACGAUGCUGCUAAAAGGAAUGACACAGAAAAGAUGCAGGAGCUCAUCAGGAAAGGAGUGGACCCCAAAGCCAAGAAUAAAAUGGAUCGUAAGGCGCUGCACUGGGCGGCGGGGGCAGGCAGUGUGGAUGCUCUGCGGCUGCUGCUGGACCACGACACCAUGGUGGAUGAUAUGGACAGCUUUGGGAUGAACGCUCUGCUGUUAGCCGGCUGGUUCGGACACCUCAAAAUCCUGCAGAUCCUCGUCUCGUCUGGUGCAAAACUCAACUGUGAAAACAAAAAAGGGUUGAAUCUUCUUCACUGUGCUGCCCAGAGGGGUCAUAUUCACAUUCUGGAGUUCAUCGUGGAAGACCUGGAGGACGUGCGUCUGAACCGAGUCGACAAGUCAGGUAAGACAGCGUUCCACCUGGCAGCAGAACACGGACAGUUGGAGGUGACCGAGUUCCUCAUUGGCAUGGGCUGCGCUCGUGACCUGAAAGACAAGGAGGAGAACACAGCACUGCACCUGGCCGCCAAAAACGGCCACACAGAGGUUCUCCAGAAGAUACUGGAGACGGGAGAGAACACCAACGAGAGGAACAUAGACGGUAUGACGGCCCUACACCUGGCUGCAGAUGGAGGCCACUAUGAGUGCGUCAGGCUGCUGCUGGAGGCUCGAUGCAGCAUCAAUGAACUGACUAAUAGAAAUAUGACUGCUCUUCACUGUGCUGCUCAGCAUGGCUUUGACAGAAUUGCCUGGCUACUUGUGGAGGCCGGCAUCAGCCUGGACUCAGUAGACGCUAAUCAUACCUCAGCACUACACUUGGCCGUGUUCAACAACAGCAGUGAGAUUGUAAAAAUACUUAUUGACGCAGAAUGUGACCUGGACAUUUUUGACAGUCGGCUUCAGACAGCGCUGCACAUCGCAGCCGAACACGGACGCCACAACAUAGCAGAAAUGAUACUGAUUGCUGGAGUCAACCUUAGACUACUUGAUAAGCAGGAGAAGACAUCGCUGGAUAUCGCAGCCAGAGGAAAUCAUGUCAAUGUAGUGGACAUGAUUAUCAAAGCUGAUCGAUUUUACAAAUGGGAACAGGACAAUGUAAGCAGUGACUGUGACUCCAUCGUGGGAAGAAAUCUAACCUUCAGGCAGGACCAUCAGCCAGAGACACAGCACAUCCGCUCUAUUUUAUGGAAGCUAGCUACUAAAUACCUGAAGCCUGGAGAGUGGAAGAGACUGGCUCAGCACUGGAGAUUCACAGAUGGCCAUAUCCGAGCCAUAGAGCAUGAAUGGACAGGUACAAAAAGCUACAAAGAACAUGGGCAUCGCAUGCUGCUGAUCUGGCUGCACGGCGUGUUGACCUCUGGAGAAAACCCCAUUAAAGGUUUAUAUGAAGGCCUGAUGGGAAUCUCAAGGAUGGAUCUGGCAGAGAGUGUACGACAGCAAGCCAAUGCAGACCCAGGCUCUUCUAAGAAGUGCACUACAAUGUGAAGAACGGUAAUUUAAAAGAGACUGAUGGUGCUACUAAGCAUGAAGGAAGACAAGAGUGUCAUCUUCAAUAUCUCUAAAGGAAGGGAUGUUUAGAGAAACUGUGACGGAGUGGAUUAAAACAAAGCACAACAAGAAUGGCCAUCCAGCUUGUAAGGGCUUCACUACUGACACACUGCAUCCCCUUUAAGACUAAAGGGACAACGGGUCCAAGCACUGUGUUACUGUGUUCCUGAUGCUCCAGACGAAAGCAGACUCAGUAGUUUCAUUUAUUAGAACGUUUAGAAUUUCUUAUUUUCGUUUAUCCAAUGCUAUGAAGUACAGAGCCAACUUAACAGUGUAAAAUCAUGUUGAUUCAACGUUGGCAAAUUUGCUUUAUAGGACAGACAAUCAAAUCAUAUAUCAGUAAUAGCAGGUCAUUUUAUUUUAUAAAUAGAGUCAGCACCAUACUGCCAAUGCACAGAAAAAGAAUAAGUGUAACACUUGGUCGGAAGGCUUUCUACAUAUGGGCUUUAUACCGCAUGCACAAGCAUUUAAUAUCAUAUUUAAAAUGCAGUGCUUGGUCACAAAAUUACAUUAGACAUUGACAUUAUGCCUAUUAAUUAGUGUAAACCAUUAGUGGUUCCAUUUAUUACAAUUUUAUGAAGCACGGCAAGCAAUAAUUAAUAGAUAAUUAAUGGACUUUUAGGGAGAGGACUACAUACGAACACAACAGUGUUACUACAAUAGUAUUGGGACACCGGCUGUUGGAGUAACGUUACUCGUUUUUAAAGCAUUGCUUUUUAGUGACAACAUGACGAUGAUGAAGCACCAUCAUUCCAGAGAACACAGUUGCACUGUUCCACAGCUUAGUGCUGAGGAGCUUUAUACCCACCUAGCCCACCACUGGCAUUAGGAAUGGGGCCAGAAGGUUCAUGUUUAUCUGCUCCAGAGCAUCCUAUACUUUUCGCAGUACUUCUGUACUCUUUGUGUCUGCAUUUUUGGUAUCAUUUUAUGCUAAUACUAGGGGAAGCACAAUACUAGAACUUUUUCAUGUCCAAUCCUGAUACCAAUCCUUUAAAUUAAAGUUAGUAUCUGCUGAUACCAACACACCUAAUCCACUACAAAACAUAGUCAUCCAAACACUAGUGCAUCUCCAAAAAUUUGAAUAGCAUUGAAAAGUGACUUUAUUUCAGUAAUCAAGAUAAAAAUGUGAAAGUCAUACACUGUAAACCCAUACAUUGUUUGAACCCAAAUGAUUUUAGUCUGUUUUACAAAAUGAAUAUUUCUAAACAAUACUCAACUAUUUUGAGUUAGUUAAACAUUUGUGGGCACAAAUACAUUCAAACAGAGAUCUUGAGUUGAAUCAACUUAUAAUAACUGAGUUUAGUCUGUUGCCAUUAACAGCUUCUUUUCUAUUGGCUUCUGUCACAAUGUAUGUGCAAACUGGGUGUGUCCAACAGUUUCUAACACUCACCAUCAGUGUGUAGUGAUUCCCCCUGCGCUACCUUACAAAUAAAUCAAGUUCCCCUUUAGUUGUAAUAACUUGAUGUUUUAAUUUAUUUAACUCAAAUUUUCAUUCCCCAUUACUUAAAAAAAAUGAGCAAAACAGCUGCCUUAUAAAAGUUAAGUAAAUUCAACGUAUCCAGUCUUACAGUAUAACAAAAUUUAAAAAGUUAAAUCAACUUCCUCUUUAGUUGUAAUAACUUAAUGUUCUAAGUUAUGCUAACUUAAGUGUUCAUUACCAAUUACUUAACUGUUUUAAGGCAACCGAUUUCCUUAAUUUUUUUUAUAAAUUCAACUUAUUCGGGCUUACCGUGUAGAUGUAUUACACACAUAAGUGUUUAUUUCUUUUAUUGUUGAUGAUUAUGGAUUACGGAUAAUGAAAACCCAAAAAAUCAGUAUCUCAGAAAAUUAGCAGUGUGGGCAGUGUGCCAAGUCCUGCUGGAAAAUGAAAUCUGCAUCUCUAUGAAAGUUGUCAGCACCAGUGACCAACACCAGCAGAUGACAUGUCUCUCCAAACCAUCACUGAUCAUCAGUAAAUUUUACAUUUCAUUUGUAAAUCAUGGGAGCAGAGUUUGGAGGAAGAGUGGAGAGAGACAGUCCAAACUGCUUGAGGUCUAGAGUGAAGUUUCUACAAUCAGUGAUGGUUUGGAGAGACAGGUCAUCUGCUGGUGUUGAUCCACUGUGUUCUAUUAUCAAGUCUAAAGUCAGUGCAGUUUUGUUUUCCCACAAAAUUUUACAGCACUUUAUGCUUCCCUCUGCUACUGACAACUUUUAUGGAGAGGGGGAUUUUAUUUUUCAGCAGGAGCCUACACUGCAAAAGUACCAGUUGGUCUUAUAUAAUAUACUAUUUUUUCUGAGACACAGAUGAAGAAAAAAAAAACGCUUAAAAUAGAUACCUUUCAAUAAUAUUCUAACUUUUUAUCAUGCACUAGUAAAAUCAAACUUAAACUGUGAAAUACUGGCUAAGCUUGUCACAAUGACUUUUUAUUUUGAUGAGAUAUUGUUAAAGAAAUAACUGCGAUAAAUUAUAUUAUUGUAAUUUUAAGACCAUUUUAUACCACUGAUGUGUAUAAUAGUAGUAUAAUAGAACAAUAAUGCACUUACUGUACAUCUGUCUAAAAAGCAGUAAAUAUUUGGUCAUUGAGAUUAUUCAGACAAUUGAAUUGUUUUACAUUUAGUUUAUAUAUAUAUAUAUAUAUAUAUAUAUAUAUAUAUAUAU